AUGAGAGUCUCUUUUGUAUUGCUGGCUGGUUUAGUAUUCGGUGCUCUGGCGAGCGGCGGUGGUGUGGAGGUAGCUAUCGUCCACGGUCGACCCCAGUGCACAGUCACAGCCAAAGGAAACAAGCAGAGUGAUGUCGACAAUGUCCUGAACGCCUUUGAUCGAUGCGGAAAUUCAGGGAGCAUCAUAUUUCCUGAGAAGCAGAACUAUUGGAUUGAUCAGAAGCUGAACCCACACGUGAAGGAUGUGCAGAUCCAAUGGAGAGGAGAAUGGACGUUCUCCGACAACAUCACCUACUGGAGGUCGAACUCCUACUUCAUCGAGUUUCAAAACCAUCGCGCCGCAUUCAUCCUAACGGGAGAUGGUAUCCACAUUGAUGGUCAUGGAACUGGAGGCAUUCAUGGGAAUGGUGAUACGUGGUACACUUCCGAAGCAGGCGAAACGGUCGAAGGACGUCCUAUGCCUCAGUUCUGGGCUUACAACAUCAUCAAUGGGACAGACAUGGUUUUCCAGAAUAUUAGUAGCAAUGCCACAGCGACUAAGGCUCCUGGGAGAUACAAUUGGGUCCAAAAUACUGACGGUUUUGAUACCAUGGAUGCGCGCAACAUUAGUGUCAAGGGAUUCGAGUACUCGGGCGGAGAUGAUUGCGUCGCUAUCAAGCCUCGAUCGUACGACAUAUAUCUGGAAGACGUUACUUGCCAUGGUGGUAAUGGCAUUGCUAUCGGGAGUCUUGGGCAGUAUCUCGAGGACUCAAGCGUGGAGAACGUGAUGAUGAAUAACUUACAGCAGUUGAAGAGGUCAUCAAUUGAUUUACGCAUUGGGGUCUACAUCAAGACAUGGAUUGGAGAGCUUGCACCUCAAGAUCACUACGAAAGUGCCGGCAAGCCACGAGGAGGUGGCUGGGGCCGCGUUCGAAACAUCACGUUCGCCAACGUCUACUAUGAAAAUGUCAACAACGCUCCCUCGAUCAAUCAAAACAACGGGAAUAAUGGCUCCUUUGCCGGAACGAGCAAUAUGGAGGUUUCAGACGUCGACUUUCUCAACUUCACGGGCACGUUAUCAGGUUCUACAAAUCGCGUCAGUCUUUCGUGCAGUGCCAGACAUAAAUGUGGCAACAUCAAGUUCGAGGAUAUUGACCUUCUCACGUCGAGCAACGUAACAACCACUUGCACAGGAAAGUGGACGUUGCAGGAUACUGUGACAGGACUUCCGGGAUGCUGA